UAAUUUUUUCACCAUGGUUUCCGCCUCUCCGACGCCAUGGGCGUUUCCAAACAAAAGACAACAGAGGGCACUUCAGAAUGGGAGAGAGCUUCCAUGAACAGCUGCGAAUAGACAGCUGGUUCCUGAAAUCGGACCGACGUCUUGAUACAGAACUGGUGGAUAAACUCAUCCUGCAGCUGAACCGGAUCUACCCACAGAUCCUGACUGACAAGGAGGCCUCCAAAUUCAGGGAUUUGGAUGUUCCCACCUGUAUCAGGCUGGCGGAGCUGCUGUCUAAUCUUCAGGAGAAAGGAGAAGAGGCAUGUCGAGAGUUUUACCGCGCACUUCACCUCCACGUGGAAGACGUUUACUUCAGCUUACCCACGCGCCUCCGACUCAGAGAGUCUGGUGAUCCAGUCAGCCCAAUCCCGAUUCCCAUAGAAAGACAUGUAUUAAAUGACCACAGUCCGUUUUUCUUCCUCAGUUGUUUCAGUGUGGCUGUAGGAGCAGCUCUGCUGUAUUACUAUGGUGAGUCCAAGCAGGUGUCAGGCUCCAGCAGCGCUCUGGGUCUGGCUGCGAUGGGUCUCAGUAGAAAAGUGCGAGACGUUCUCAUCUGGUACACAGAAGAUGGAAAAUAAUGGAUUUUCUGCUGCCUUGAUAAAAAUGUAUUCAAAAAAGCUCAAAUAUCCAUGUCAAACAUAUCAAAAAAAUAUUUUAAUUCAGGUUUAAAAAAAAAAAAAAGUACAUACUAUGUAUAUACAGAAAUUAUUGCCAUGAGGCAAAAUUCCAAAGAUUUAACUUUAAGGUUUCUAAAUAUGGAAUCUCUUGUUACAAUUUUAAAUAUAACAAUAUAGUGAUUUAUAUAACUACAUACAGUUAUGCAUUUGAAAUAAUAGCCAUUUACAUGCCAUAAGAAGAGCAGGAACUCAUUACUAUUAAACUAACUCUCGUACACUAAAGUAUUCAGUUGAAGUUAACAUGCAGAGCUGCUGUUAAAGAUACAACCCUUAUUUUGUUUGUGCAUUUGUUGUUAUAAACAGACCUCAAACUCAUUUCUGUUAUGUAUAGUCAAUACCUUUCAAUUCUCACAGACUGUCUAAAAUUAUAUUAGUAAAGUGUGGACAUAAAGGGGUCCACACUUCCAAAUUCACUACACUAUUUAGUACAUACAAAACUGGAUAAACAUGACAAAUCAUAUAAAUCAGCAUGUCAUAACAUUUUGACACGUGAGACACUAAAGACUACAGGUAAAUCUGAUCCUCUGAGUAUUGGGAGCUUGUUACUUUGUAAUAAAUUUUUUUUUUGGGCUAAGGUUUAAACAGAUAUAUUUUAUUUGAGCAUGUUUAUAUAGCUUACUUUUAUACUGACAGCAUGUUUGCACUGGUUUGUGUACUAAUAAUUUAUAUUAUCAACUUGUGGCCUUGUUUCUGCAGUGCGAUUGUACAAAAACUGUUUUUUAAAUCUUUAUUGAAACUGAUAUUUUCAACCUUGAAACAUUCACAAUAGUUAACUGAGAAACUGUAUUUUUGUCAGGGUUUAAUAAAACUUUUUAAUAGGCUAAAUGAAACGAUGCUUUGGAAGUGUUACUAAUGUAUUAGGAGAUUAAUUUGAUUUUUACGUCUCGAUAUACCAAAACAAACACCUGUGGACAUGGAGGCAACUGUAAGUAGCUCUACAAUUGAUCUCUGCACUGUAAUGAUGACUAAAUGCACUUCUUUUUAAUGAUUUGGUUUACUUUUAUGACACAAUCCUGUUAUCUAAAAAUGAAAAACAUCUUUGGUCAUUUAUUUAAAUGAUAUCCAUAUAAAAUGUACAAAACGUUCAAGAAAUAUAUAAACAUUGGAUCGUGAAUAAUCACAACAAAUAUGAAAACACCAAACAACAUUACAUUUUUGAAAGAAAAGGACAUUGUAGAUCCUAGUCAGUAGAGGGCGCUCUUAUAUAGGCAACGCAAACAGACAACAUGCGUUAGGUUACAAAUUGAACAACAACAAAGCCAGCUAUGAUUUUUUUUUGGGUGA